AUGGACGGUGAAAACAAAUUUGAUGAUACCAGCAAGAAGUUCCGAAGACGUAUGGAAGAAGAGAAGGCAAAGGUCCGUAAAACCAUAUUCAUUGAUGAUGAGAUGCCCACAACCAGUAAAAGAGGAAAGACCAGCAACAAACCCAGAAAAACGGCAACGUACUUUCGUAUGAGCACAGCAAAACCCCAAGCAACAGUCAGGACGAAAGAUAAAUUGCCGGAGAAGAUGAAGGAUAAUAGCAGUAAGAAGAGACAGUCAACAUCAAAAGGAGAAGAUAGCUCAUCCAAUAAAAAUAAAGUUCCUGUUUGCGACGAUAAGAACGAAGAAGUUAUCAUACUGUCAUCGGACGAAGAAGAAGACAAUGGCAAAGGAUGUUGCCAGGAAGAAAAUGUAACCCCUAAUUUAGAGGAAAAUAUACCACCCACACCUGGUAACGAUGUAAUAUACUCGCCUGUAUAUACGCAACCGAAUAAUAGUGAGGCUCGGGCUAAUGAGGAGCCAGAACCGUGGUUCAGUCCGCUUUAUGACGAACCAGAAGUCCCAAUAACGCCUGGAAGAUCAAGUUACGAGGUAUAUUCACCACCGUUCGACAACAAUGAUUGCAGCGAAGAAGAAUUGUUGCCACAACCAGAAGAUGAUAUAGAGAUGCCAUCUCCUGAGGAAAUGGAAGAAAUCUUCCGUUCUUCAUUUGGACACUUGGACGAAACUCUGUGUCCCCGUCAACCAUCACCAAUUACAUCAGAUGGUUCGUCAACAUCGUCAACCCCAAGAAAAAGGAGAGGCUGGUUCACCAUUGACAUAGAAGACAAAAGAUGUCACAACUUUUGUGGACAUAUGGGAUAUCAAAGAGAAAUUAUUUACCGAUUCUGGGUCGACAAUAGUAAACAACAUCCAGAAAUCGAUGCAGACGCAGAUGCAAAUAAUAAAGAAAAUCAAUACCUCGAUUCGCCCAGUUCAUCCCAAUUGUCGUGGUUAGAAGUUUCACCAAACCCCAGACUGGUCACCAUCUCUCAAACACCCAUGAGACGUUUAUCACAGAGCUCAUCGGAUAAUUCACCGAUCGUUACUCCCGUGAUAUCAUUGUUUUCAUCCCCAAUAUUGUCACCGCUUAAUCUGUCCGCAGUAUCGUCAGUUGGGUCACAAAAUUCAAAGAAAUCGCAGAUUAGUUUACUGUAUUUUGUUCCAAACAGUGCUACACCCGAACGAUUUUCGUCAAACACGGUAGAAGAAUACCCGCUACAUUCUCCAAAUCUGUCUACAUCACCCUCAUCAUCAUCAUCAUCAUCACCCUCAUCAUCAUCAUCAUCAUCACCCUCAUCAUCAUCAUCAUCCUCAUCAUCAUCAUCAUCACCCUCAUCGUCAUCACCAUUAUCGACUAAACCAUCAACACUUCAGUCAUCAGCACAUCCGGUCAAUAACGAAAAGGAACGUAUGCAGCAAAUAGUAGAGAGCAGUGAGCACAGUCCAAUGAAGUCACCAACAGUACAACCAAUUCGUUCCUCGCCUGAAGGAUGGGACGAUUUAUCGCUAAUGCCAAAGGAACUAUGUGCCAAAAUAAAAGACAUUUGCAGUACUAGAAAGAGAGGACAACGUGUCAAAUUUUUAUUUACUUUUUAUGACCAAAUAUAUAACGUAACCAUAGCAAAGAGUGGAAACGCAAAAGCAGAGUUACUAAAGUGA